AUGAAAGGAGAGAGGACGUUUGCAUAUCAAUCUAAGGACGGAGCCGGUGAUCCACAUAGCAACGACGGAUUUCACGGCUUGGGAUACACCUCACCUCCUCGGUCGAAGAAUUAUGUCCAUAUCUACGAUGACGACGAUGACGACGAUGACGACGAUGACGACGAUGAAGCUCGUAGGAACGGCUACGGACAUCGAAGGGUUGACUUUCGUACGAUCUCAGGCCCUCGUCAUGAACGUGAGGAUACUAUCGAUGAGCAAUUAUAUCGAUACAGCACUUCCUACUCUCCGCAGUCUUCACCAACAAUGCCCGCCACGGAAGCAGAUGCUGUCAGGGCCAGAAUUCCCGCAGGGUAUUCCGUCAAGCACUGGGAUCCCAUGGAGCUGCCUGUUAUUCUAUUGGGAAGUGUCUUCGACGCCAACUCGCUAGGCAAGUGGAUCUAUGACUGGACGGUAGUCCAUUUCGGCGCCUCUACACCAAUGGCUGAUAUGGCGGGGGAGUUGUGGCUACUUCUAAUCAAACUUGCGGGCAAGAUGAAAAAAGCCGAAGAGUGUGUCGGUCGCAUCCCUACACUAAACGGACUUGAGGAUGUCGAGUCCUUCCUUGAAGGAGGUUAUGUACUGUGGAACAAGUUCAAAAAUCUCAUCAGAGUUUGCGAAAGACCUAUGCUGAAGAGUAUAAAGCGUCACGGCGCAGGCAAGAUGGGCAAGGACGGAGCAAUGGAGUUCGUUAACACACUCUUUGGUAGGGAUCGCCUUCUGGAGUCAACUGAACGGAUAAUGAGCCAGAUUCGACUUUGGACCAAUCGUUUCGACAUGAACUGCGAGGAGACGAUCAAGUAUCAAAGAGGCGCAAAUAACCUUCGGCCCGGCGGGAAGCACUUUUACGCGGCCACUUUUGAAGUCGGAAAGAUGAAAGCCAGAUAG